AAACAUAUGUUCCUGCAGUAUAUACCAAUUGCAAAGAUGUUCUUUUUUCUCUUACCAUGCAAUGGUAUGAUCUUAUCAAAUGCCACUCAGAGUUCAUUGUGGAUCUGUCUGAACUGAUGGGAAAAUAUAGAGAUUUUUACCAAGGCACAAAUGUGAUCAAGUAGAUGAAGUUGAGGUCUUAGCCUCUACCUAGAAGUUCAUCUAAGUCUCAGUAACACUUCUAGUGUUUAUGAAUUUGCUGCUCAUGUAUGAUAUCUACAAGACUUCAUUUUUAAAGGUAUGUUUUUUUCUAUAAUUAUGUUUUUGGAUUUUGAUUAUGAUCUAUUAUUUGUUUCAUCGACAUCUUUGUUCAGCUCAAUUUUGCUAAUCCAUUUUAUUAAAAGCAAAAAAAAAUU